AUGGAGGAUUCGGGCGUCCAGCGAGGCCUCUGGGAUGGAGAUGCCAAAGCUGUCCAACAGUGUCUGACAGAUAUUUUUACCAGUGUGUACACCACCUGUGACAUCCCCGAGAAUGCCAUAUUCGGUCCCUGUGUCCUGAGCCACACGUCCCUGUAUGACAGCAUAGCGUUCAUAGCUCUCAAGUCUACGGACAAGAGGACCGUCCCUUACAUCUUCCGGGUCGACACCUCGGCGGCAAAUGGUUCCUCGGAAGGUCUCAUGUGGCUGCGACUGGUCCAGUCGGCCAGGGAUAAGGAAGAGCAGAACCUGGAAGCCUACAUCAAAAACGGACAGCUCUUCUACCGCUCUCUCCGCAGAAUCGCCAAAGACGAGGAGUUACUCGUUUGGUACGGCAAAGAACUGACUGAGUUGCUCCUGCUCUGCCCCUCCCGAUCUCACACCAAAAUGAACGGGUCGUCCCCCUACACAUGCCUGGAAUGCAGCCAACGUUUCCAGUUCGAGUACCCCUACGUGGCGCAUCUGCGUUUCCGCUGCCCCAAGAGACUGCAUAGCGCUGAAAUGAGUCCCCAGGACGAGCAAGGCGGCGGUUUGGGCACCAAGGACAACGGGGGCAUAGGCGGGACCAAAGACCACCACCACCAGCAGCAGCAACAGGAGGCACCCUUGGGUCCGGGUCCUAAAUUCUGCAAAACGGGCCCCAUCCACCACUAUCCGGCACCCUCGCCCGACAGCGGCAACCCACCUGCCGCGUCCGGAGGCAGCAGCGCCAAGCCAUCCACCGACUUUCACAAUCUGGCCCGGGAGCUGGAAAACUCCCGGGGAGGCAGCAGCUGCUCCCCAGCCCAGAGCCUCGGCCUCGGCGGAGGCGGCCACCAGGAGGCGGAGCUGAGUCCCGACGGCACGGCUACGGGCGCCUGCAAAGGGAAGAGGAAAUUCCCGGAGGAUUCGAGCGAGGGCGGCGGCUGCGCUGGGCUGGUCGGGGGCCCGGGCCGCUUCGCCGAGCGGCCCCUGCCGGCUUCCAAGGAGGACCUGGUGUGCACGCCGCAGCAGUACCGCUCCUCGGGCAGCUACUUCAGCUUGGAAGAGAACGGGCGCCUCUUCGCGCCGCCGAGCCCCGAGACCGGCGAGGCUAAGCGCAGCGCGUUCGUGGAGGUGAAGAAGGCGGGCCGCGCCGCCAAUCUGCAGGAGGAGGUGGCCUCCGACGGUGCGGGAGCCGGCGCCGAAGAUCAGGACGCUGGCGGGAGCAGCGGCGGUUCUUCAACACCCGCGGCCGCGUCGCCCUCCGGCGCAGAGAAACUGCUGACCCCGCGGCCCGGGGGUCCGCUGCCGGGUCGGCUGGAGGGCGGCAGCCCCGCGCGGGGCAGCGCCUUCACCUCGGUGCCGCAGCUGGGCGGCGCGGCAGGUGGCGGUGGCGGCGCGGGGGCUGGCACGGGCGCUGCAGCAGCGGGCGGCGCGGGUGGUGGCCAGGGCGCAGCGGGCGACGAGCGCAAAAGCGCUUUCUCGCAGCCGGCGCGCUCCUUCUCGCAGCUGUCCCCGCUGGUGCUGGGCCAGAAGCUGGGCGCGCUCGAGCCUUGCCACCCCAGCGAAGGCGUGGGCCCCACCAGACUCUACCCCGCUGCUGCAGACCCUCUGGCCGUGAAACUGCAAGGGACGGCGGACCUGAACGGAGGCUGCGGGGCUCUGCCCAGCGGCGGCGGCGGCGGCGGCCUGCCCAAGCAGAACCCCUUCCUCUAUGCCACCGCCUUCUGGCCCAAGAGCUCGGCGGCGGCAGCGGCCGCGGCGGCAGCGGCCGCGGGGCCCCUGCAGCUACAGCUGCCGUCGGCGCUCACGUUGCUGCCGCCGUCCUUCACCUCGCUGUGUCUGCCAGCGCAGAACUGGUGUGCCAAGUGCAACGCCUCCUUCCGCAUGACCUCCGACCUGGUGUACCACAUGAGGUCGCACCACAAAAAGGAGUACGCGAUGGAGCCCUUGGUGAAGCGGCGGCGGGAGGAGAAACUCAAGUGCCCCAUCUGUAACGAGUCCUUCCGGGAGCGCCACCACCUCUCCAGGCACAUGACCUCGCAUAACUGACCC